GGAUUAUGAUGACGUAAAUACCAACAGUGAGCGGCUGCCUGCAGAUGGGGAGUCCUUUGGAGAUGACAUUGAUGAUGAUGACGAUGACAUGCUGGACAAUCUGGAUGACGACGUCGUUGACGACAGCGACGCAGAGUCUGACACAUACUCCAUUGGGAGUGCAGUCUCAAAGCGAUCCUCAGCCACCAGUGUCAGGAGCACGCUGCGAUGCAAGUCUGCAAAAACGAGACCUGCUGCGUCGACCAUUUUGCGCGAGAAUGCAACUUUGAGUUCUGCAGAUGUAAGGACGUUGACGACAAGACCCAAGUCUGCUGCUCUGAGAGAUUACGAACUGCAGCCCGCGCUGACUGCUAGUCUGUUUAGUAACGUCCCACCUACCAUUAACUUUGUGGCAGAUGGAGAGAAAGUUGAGUCCCUGCCUUGGGAAAUUAAGAAACUCCUCAAAUGGCGCCUAAGUCCUGUGACACCAAACGUUGUGAAAAACUGCAUCAAUCGUUCCGGUUUUAGGAUCACAAAGACACCCUACUGUCAACAUUUGCCACCAGUUCUUGAUGAAAGCAGUAUAGGGAAGUCUUUUUAUAUUUAGCAUUGCAUAGCCUUUUUUCUUUUGCAUUGCAACU